CAAUGCAUUUCAUUUAAAGAACUGUUAAUUCACAUUGAAGCCAAGCUACUAAAUAGUUGAUUAGAAAAAAAAAAGAAAUUGUGAAUAAUAACACUAGUCAAAACAAAUUAAAAGCUAUAAAAUAGAAUAAUUCAUUUUCAAUUAGAACAGUUCAAUCUUAAUUCAACUAGUGAUUAUCAUAAAAUGACUGAACGUAAAGCUGUGAUUAAAAAUGCUGAUAUGAGCACUGAAAUGCAAGAGGAUGCAGUACAUAUAGCUGCAGGUGCAGUUGACAAACAUGAUUUAGAGAAAGAUAUUGCAGCGAAUAUAAAGAAAGAAUUCGAUCGUAAAUAUAGUGCUACAUGGCAUUGUAUUGUUGGACGACAUUUUGGAAGCUAUGUGACACAUGAGACACAUAAUUUUAUAUAUUUCUAUUUGGACGAUCGAGCAUUCCUUCUGUUUAAAUCAGGAUGAAAGGAUGAUUUACAAAGGAACAAAUGAAGACAGUUCUAACUAAUAUUUCAAAUUAAUCCGUCGAUUCAUAUUUGAUUUCAUUUGUAACAUUAUAUCAAUUAGGUAUAAAAGUGAAAACUGGUUAAUAUAAGAUAAUAUCAAACAAAUAUAUUACUUUUUUGUUU